AUCCUCAUCCCCCUCUUUUUCUGUUGUUUUGUCUCCAUGGCUACCUGAUACAAGGUGCAAAGAAACAUAAAGCAUGAGGGUUGCGUUAUGAUAGCAGACGAAAUAUGUAGCCCUACAAUGGCGUUCUAUAGAAUAUAGAUGACACGUUUUAAUUAUUGAAAAUGUUUAACAUUUGGAGAACUCUUUGGGGUUAAAAUGCCCUCAUAUUGCAGAACCAAAUGUUGUAUAAUCCGAACAGUGAUGUGACAUAUUGCCUUUUAUAGAAAAUGUCGGGAUCUGUUUCUUCUGUAGAAGGUGAAUUAAAUGCCAUAAUUAAAGAGUUUUUAGAAUAUUCUAAGUUGAGUAAAACACUUGCAACAUUUGAAGAGGAAUGCCGAAAACUUGGCAAGCCUAUACAGGACCAUGCUGGAAAGAACAGGAAGGAUGAGAGGAUUUCAAAAAUUAAAAAUGAAUUACUUCAGCAUUUUGACAAUGGAAGGCGAACUGAAUUUUUCUCUGAAUGGGAAACACAUAUCAAUCCUGAAAGUAGGGGAAAUAACUUGUUUUGCCAAAAAUUAGAGUUUAACUUACAGAUACAUUUUGCUGUUUUGCCAAUGAGAAAAGUGGAUCAUUGGUGUAAAGAAGAGGUUGAUGAGGCAAUGCUUCACUUCCAUUAUUAUCUGGAAAGUAAAGGAUCGGUUCUGAGUGACUGUGCAGAACUUCUACCGUAUUACGCUUUACCCUAUGUACCCCGCCCAAACACGCAUCCGUCAUUUGCGGAGUUGUUCCAGGAAUCUUGGGUGAAGAAACUGAGAAACAAUUUAGAAGCCUUUUUAUUUGAAGGUUUGAGAGGGAAAGACGAUGAACUGCAGGAACCUAGAUUAAUAGAAUUAUAUCAUAAUAGAGAUUUAGAUUUGCAAGAUGCUCGUAAAGAAUUACAGUAUUUGGAAAGGCACAUUGAGGAAUCUGAAAAAAGAUCUGUUCUUCACGCAAAAAAAUGUGAGAAAUUGCAGGAAGAAUGCAGACAAUUGAUGGCUGUAGCUUCACUUUUAGUUACAGCUCUGGAAAAUGCUGUCAAAGGGAAUCUGGUAGAUAUGGAUUGUGUUUUAGCUGCAUGCACUACUCAUCUUCCUGAUUUAGGAAAACUUAGAAGUGAAUCACCCAAUUCAGUCGACCAAGGAAGUGAAUCUCAUAUUUCCACAAAAAUACCUAUAGAUAAGAAACAGAAAAUCUCAGAAACAGAAAAACUCAAUUUUGAAAGACUGAAACAAGAUUUAAGAGGUGCUGAAGAUUAUAAAAGAUCACUUCUUUUACAGGCUCUUCGAUGGAGAUUGACUAAAGCAAGUAACUGGCAAAAGAAGGAAGAAGCUGUUCUUGAAUAUGUGGAUAACGAUUUACUUGAUUUGCAUUCUACAACUACGGAACCGGUGAAAGUUUUAAUGCUGAUACGAUCAAAUGAUAGUCUACUCAUAGAAAGUUUUACCCGCUUCCUAAAUGCAUUAUCUUCCUUUGUUUUAGGACGACAGUAUUUGACGUCCAAUACAAAACUUUUAGAACUUCUCGUCGAAUACCUUUUAACCAAUGAGCCUAAGGAGGAUAUUGUACUUGAUAUGAUACUGGGAACCCUAAAGAAGCUUAGUAUUAGGAGAACUUCUCAAGCAUAUAUGGUUGAAGGAGGAGUGAUUGAGUGGCUGGCUGGAGCUUUUCAUUCCAAUGCAGCGGUUUCAAACUAUGCUACAUCUUCUUCAAUUGCGCUGUUAUUCAAUUUGAGUCUUUGUCCAAUGGGCAAAAAACGGUGCGAGCCAUUAAAAGUAGAACUUAUAUCUGGCCUAGGACGCCUUUUGCAACUUCAAGAUUCAAAAAUUUCUCCGUAUGUAAAUGGAACUUUGUACCGCAUUCUUUCCAUUCCAAGUGUUCGAGAAUAUGCUAAAGAGCAGGCAUUGCCAAACGCUCUUCAGAAACUUUUACAGAAAGCAGAAGGAGAACCGAAAAAACAGCUUGAGACGAUUUUGGAACUUUUCGUAACAGAUGUUCAAAUUGAAGAUGGAAGUUCUGAUGAAGAAGACGAUGACCAAGAGGAUGACAGCUUAGAACCAGAGAUAGAUUCUAGUGACAAAGUGAAAUCUGAAAACAACGAACCAAAUGGGGAAGUUCUACUAAACUUCUACUAUAAGACUCUGCAAGAUAUUCCAGAAGAAAAGUCAAGUAGCAGUUCUCAGUUAAAAACAGAAUCUUCACCUGUGGCAAAAUGCAGAUCUGAAGCUAAAAGUGCAGCAAGUGAAGUGUCAGUCAAACAGAAUUCAACCAUGAGUUCAUUAGAACAACCUCUGACACCAAAGCUAGACAUGGAAGCAACUCAGUUAGUACGCAAAAUAGUGGGAAUGCCUUCAACUACUCUUGUCGAAGCUGCAGUCAUUCCAGAUCCUGCUGCUGUCUCCAUCAAAGGACUGAAUGCAAAUGAGUACACUGUUGCAUUUAGUUCUCGACCCAAGAUCCCUCGUACUCCUGAACCUGCUGAUGCUGUAUCGCCAAAAGUUGCUGCAAGCAGCCCUUUGCGUAAUAUAUUACAGAGAGACUUCAACUCUUCAGCUAGUAAUCAUGGAAUUUACUGUAACAAUUAGCUCUAUUAUGCAGGAUUAGCCUAAAGAAAAUAGAUAACUCCAGAAACAAAAAGCUUUGACAACAUGUCUCAAACAUACCCUACAGUUUAGAUGGCUAAGCUUCAAAUGGUUUACAUGUAACUCUUUUCAAUGCAAUUUAUAUCAAUAGGAUCGUCAAAUGCUUUUCCAAAUUCCAUGUGAAGAGACAUAACAGCUGUCUUUUCAUUUAAUUAUUUCCAAAUUUCCAAAGUUUCAGCAUGUUCAUGUGAGGAGACAUAACAGCUGUUUGCGAUGCAUUAUUUAAGAAUGUUAAGAAGGGAAGCAGAAAAACGAAAGAUUAGUUUUUAAUGUAUCCCCACAAAAAGUAAUCACAUGAUAUUAAGUCUGGUCUUAUCUGUGGCCAACACACCACAGCCACAUUCUGGUUGAUUAAAUGUCCAAUCCAACAAUGAGGCAGAUUGUCGUCUAUAUUGUGCUCUAAAAUAAUACCGUGCAGCAGUAAUAAAAAAAUUCGUUUUUACAUAUUCAAGUACACAAAAAGAUUUUUCCGCCUGAUUACUUCCCAUACUGUUUGAACUGGUGUCAAGAGUGCUCAAAUGAUGCUGAUUACAAAAAUACACAAGAGAAGGAGGUCGUCAAUUUGAGAACUUCCUCUAAAAAAUGACACAAAAUGCUUCCUAAUAAAAAACAACCCAUUUUUUUAUUUAAUGGCAUUUAAUAAUUUCUUUAAGGCUAAUCCUGAAUAAUGUAAAACAUGGAAUAAUUUUUUUUUGUGAAUUUAUAUUUACUAUUUUAUAACUGGCAAUACCUUUAUUUAAGAAAAGCUGUGCAUAUGUAAUUUACAUCAAUCUUUUUCUAAAUUUCUAUUUCUCUAUUUUCUAGAUCUCUGUUUUAAAGAACUGAAUAUAAUUUUGAAAAAUUCAUUUUGAAUAUUUGCUAUUAAUAUGAACCAUGUAUUUUUAUUAAAAAAAUCUGCUGUCAACAACUAAAUGCUUUAUACUUUUCAUAAAAGUAAUUUCGGUGCUUACUUGAAUAUGGCAAAAUA